AUGAGCGAAGCGUACGACGUGAUUGUCGUGGGCGCCGGCGUGGUCGGUGCGGCGCUGUCCACAUCGCUGGGUCGUGCUGGUCGGCGUGUGCUGGUGCUGGAACGUGAUAUGAGCGAGCCGGACCGCAUUGUCGGAGAGCUGCUACAGCCUGGCGGCGUGCGGGCUCUGCAGCUGCUCGGCCUCGCCGAUGCCCUCGAGGGCAUCGACGCCGUGCAGACUCUGGGCUACCAAAUCUUCCUCAGUCCUGAAGAGAAUGUACGGAUCCAGUACCCCCACAUCGCCGAGCUGCCUUCGCGGUACGGCCGCAGUGAGCCGCUGGGCCAGGACAUGCAUUAUGAGGGCCGCUCCUUCCAUCACGGGCACUUUAUCAUGUCUCUGCGCGCGCGCAUGCAUGCACAGAAAAACGUGACGGCCAUAGAGGCUGCUGUCACGUCGCUUGUGCACGACGCCCACGACCAACGCGUACUCGGCGUCCGAACGAAUACCGCCUCAUACUACGCACCUAUCACGAUUGUCGCGGACGGCAUCUUCUCCAAGUUCAGGAAAGAGUACGGUGGAGCGUACCAACCCAAGGUCUGGUCGCAUUUCGUCGGCAUUGAGCUGCCGCCUGAUGCUGUGCUGACGCCCAAGCACGGCCAUGUCAUUCUCAACCAGAAAGCCGCCAAAAAGAACGCGCAGAACCACCAGGUUGGUCCGGCACUCGUGUACCAAAUUGGCUCAGACGUCACACGGCUUCUCGUCGAUGUGCCUGGUCCCGUACUGCCAUCUGCCUCGAAUGGCGCUCUCCAGCGGUACCUGAGCAGCGUCGUCGUGCCGUGUCUGCCGUCCAAAAUCGGCUCAGCAUUGGCGCAAGAACUAGAAAAGGGGGCGCGUUUGCGCACUAUGCCCAACAGCUUCUUGCCUCCUAGCAUGCAAGGAAUGCGGCAGCAACAAUUUGGCUUGAUUGUCGUCGGCGAUGCCAUGAACAUGCGUCAUCCACUCACAGGCGGCGGUAUGACUGUCGCAUUUUGGGACUGCGUGUACCUGACACAUAUUCUGGGUACCGGGGCGUGGUCUCCGCUGGACGCUUACGAUGACUCGUUCCCCGUGCCCACAUCCGCUCGCGAUUUGAGCAACUGGACGGAAGUCCAGUCCAUGCUGCGAGCUUGGCACUGGAAGAGGAAGAAGCUGGCAAGUGUCAUCAACAUCCUGGCCAUGUCGCUCUACAGCUUGUUCGGUGUGCCCAACGAUCAUCUCACGAUUCUUCGCACAGGUUGCUUCCGCUACUUUGAGCGCGGCGGCGACUGUGUGCGCGGCCCGAUCAGUCUGCUGGCUGGCCUGGCACCCGACCCCUUGCUACUUGUGUACCACUUCUUCGCCGUCGCCGUAUACAGCGUGCUCCUCAUGUUCCGGGGUGACUUGUUCGUGCCUAUCGGUGCUGUAUCAAAAGAGCAUGCCAAGCCACAGCGUCCUUCCUUCUUACAAUGGCCCGCCCUGUGUGCCCGCGCGAUCAUGGUGAUGACCUAUGCAUGCUUUGUCAUUUUCCCCGUGAUAUACACGGAAACAUGUACGAACAUUGCUACGGCAUCCUACCAUACAUUCCUAAGGAAUUCGUGUUGGUUGCUGGCAGUCGCGGGCCUGGGGCUGGCUGUAGUUUAUCGUCAUACCACAAUGUAA